GAAAUUCGGGUUUCCUACAGUCCAGACAGACCGCGAAAGCCUCACGGUCCCUGUGUUGCCCUUGAACGCAGCUCGUCGCCUUUUACGCAACAGCGGAAAGCGACUUGCAGGAGGAACCGUGGAGAAGAUGACGAGCCUGCAGCUGAGCGCCAAGGAGGAGAUGGUGGAGAAGUUUCUGGACGCCGCGGCUCGAGGAGACGUGUCCCAGGUGUCCACCCUUCUGUCCCACGCCCCGUCGCUCAUCAACAAAACGGGCUUCAGUGGCUGGACGGCGCUGAUGCUGGCAGCUCGUAACGGCCACCACCAUGUGGCGGAGAAGCUGCUGUCGCUCGGUUGUGACAGGUUCACUCUAAACAGUUCGUCCCAGACUGCCUACGACGUCGCCAAGUUCUGGGGCCACAGACACAUCGCCAGCCUGCUGAGCCGCUCAGCCGAUGGCUGCGAACGAAUCCUGCUGGGCCCCGAGCUCGGCCCGCAGGAAAACUACUUCAGCAGGGAGACGCUGGACCGGCUGAGUUGGAGGAGGACCGACCAGGUCUGGUUAGAGAGCAAGCGGAGCGACCCGGACACAGUCUACCUCCUGUUCUCCAACCUCAGCCCCAUGGUCAGCACGUCCCAGGAGGACAACACUGAACGGCAGGAGGACUUCACGCUGUGCCGGUUCAGGUAUGAAGAUGUGAAGGACCUCCUGCAGAAACCGUCAACGGUGAUGAUCUUCCUAGGAAUAGAGAAGGUAAAGAAUCCUCCCUCCUCCUCUCAGACCGUAGAGAGUGUCUCUGAGCCUCCAGUUUGGUUCGCCGUCAACACAGACGAAGAUGCUGCUGCGCUGCUUAAACGCUGCAGAGAAAAGAACUGCUUAUUCCCAAGAUCUCCCAACAGGGACCUUCUGAAGCUCAGUGAGGAGGAGGCAGGCAUCGUGGCACAGGCUCGAUCCGUGCUGGCCUGGCACAGCCGGUACAGUUUCUGUCCGACCUGCGGCAGCAGCACCCGUCCCGAGGAGGGCGGAUACAAGAGAAGCUGUUUAAACUCUGAAUGCAGGAGCCUCCAGGGGGUCCACAACACCUGCUACCCAAGAGUCGACCCAGUGGUCAUCAUGCUGGUGAUCCACCCUGAUGGAAACCAGUGUCUGCUGGGGAGAAAGAAGGAGUUCCCCGCGGGGAUGUUCUCCUGUUUAGCAGGAUUCGUAGAGCCCGGGGAGACGCUGGAGGAGGCGGUGAGGAGGGAGGUGGAGGAGGAGAGCGGCGUGAAGGUCGGCCCGGUCCGCUACGUCUCCUGCCAGCCUUGGCCCAUGCCCUCCAACCUCAUGAUCGGCUGCCUCGCCGUUGCCAUGUCCACCGACAUCAAAGUGGACGAGAACGAGAUCGAGGAGGCUCGGUGGUUUCCACGGCAACAGGUGAUUGAUUCUUUGUUCAGAGGAGCUCGUCCCGCCUUCGUCUUCCCUCCCAGACAGACAAUCGCCCAUCAGCUGAUCAGACACUGGAUCUGCAUGAACUCCAACCUCUGAUGGGGAAACCUUCCCCACACGAUGAUCUCCUGCUCAGCCGGAACCAGCUUUCUCAUGGACUAAACAUCUGGUUUAAAAGAAAACGCAGCAGCGGCGCCUGGACUCCACAGAUGGACUCCUCACACGGUGCUUCACAGGUUUAUGUUUUAUUCUCCAGUAAACUAAGAGAAACUGUUGAAUUAAAGGUUAACAUGAAGCUGCAACACCAAGAGCAAUCACAGAGGAAGAAAGCUGCUAACGACGUUUUUAGAGACAGAGAACAGCAGCUCAUCGUCAUCAGCAAAGAAAAGCUGUUUCUUAAAGGGGAAUAAACUGUAGAGAUGACAGAGAAAAGUUUUGAAAAAUAUUUCAGAAGCUGUCUGAUAUUGGUCCUGCAUUAAUUCAGUUAUUUGCCUGGACUGUUUUAAAAGAAGCAACUAUUAAAAUAAAAUAAAAACAUUAAAUUCAA